CUGAUAAGCACGAGGCACCACGGCAUCCCAAACCUCACAAAAAAUGAACAUCAACUCAAUUGCUUUUGUUUAUCAACCAAACUAAGGCAAGGCAUAGAGCAAACCAUACUUGUUUUUUUUUCUUUUGCGCGCGACAAAUAUGAUAUCCUGGUUGCUAGUCGCGUUUGUCGCGGUUGUGGUGCUUAUAUGGACUAGGCGACGAGAGUCCAAAGAGGCACACACCCAUGCAUUGGCGAGCGAGAAACAUGGCAGAAACGGCUCCAAGAGACGAGCAGAUGCCAAAACCUUUGACUCCCGGAUAGAACCACUGGCCGGCUUCGACUUGGAACAGACGAAACCAAAGGAUUUCCGCCCCUUCAAACCAAUUUACCACAUCACCAUGGGGCUGCAAGCAAGCAACCCGUCUGAAUUGAUCACCAUGGAUCACGACUACGCCGAAAAGAUAGAGUUUAGACGAAAGACGAUCGCGUCGCACCCAGAAACCGUCGUCGGCGCCGUGCAACCCGACGGCCUCGCGCCUUCACAGGAGCUCUACGCGUAUCUGCUGGCCGAGUACCUGCCGACGCGGUACCCGAGCGUGUUUAAGCUCGAGGACGACGGCAAAACGCUGCGCAACCACGUCACUGGUCGGACCUGCUCGACGGUUCCGCCGUCCGACGUCGAGUUGCUCUUGCGCACGUUGGGAGAGACCGUCGAGGAUGACAUAUUCAUCCUGGUGCGGACACCCGGCGGGGAGCACAGGAUGGUUGCGUUUGUGUGCUGCCAUCCGGCGGGAUUUAAUCCGGCGGCUAAGUUAGGAAUGGUGCUUGCCGAUAUCCAUGGACCGGUCCCGUCGUAUGAGAAGAUCGGGCCGAGUAUGGAACGGUUCUUUGCCAAGUUGGAGGUGGGGGAGGUGGUCAAGCGCUUAAAUUGGGCGAUCACCACCGAGUCGCAACUUUACACCCCCAGCGCAUAUCAUGUCCAUGAGGGCGAUGAGGUCCAAAAGGACGAGGAUGUCGACAUUGAAAAGACCCGACUCCGCGUCGAGUUGCAAUCAUUGUCUAGGCUCCCCAAGACAAGGGCGGUUGUCUUCUCCUUCAAGUCAUAUCUCUACCCGGUUACAGAUAUCAAGGCAGAAGGCCUGGGCCCGGGACUUGCAGACGCCAUCGAAGGUCUCAAGAAGGGUAACGCGCCAGGCAUGUGGACUUACAAGGGGGCCGUGAGAUGGGGAAAGAGCGUUUGUGAAUACCUGCGGAGCUAGUGGGCCACUUCGUUUUUCUUUUCUUUGCGUUGCUCUCAUUGCUCUGGAGUAUACGGCUAGACCAUUUCAGCAUAGCCAGCCCCUGGCAUCGUCUGUAUCUUGCAAGCUUGGAUCAGUUUGGCGGAUUCACCGAUUAAUCAGCAACAGGACUAAUGACCAAAUACAGUUCCGCAGCCCCUAUGAAUGUGGAAUCUCCCCGUCCCACACGUACCCCUGCUCCCUCCCUUCCAACAACGGUCUCAGGGCCAUACCAUAAUCCCCUCCGUUCGGCGUCCUCAGCAACGUAUGGAUGUGAAACUUGGCCGGCUCCCUAUUUGUAAGGAACACACACGAGUGGUGAUCAAACUCGACAAUAAUCACCGGGCUCUGCAGCCUAUAAUAAAACGGAUCCUCAUCGCCAAACCCACCAAUCCAGCAAAAGUACGUCUCGCCAAACCACGCCCUCACCUGCGCCAUGCGCAACUCCCUCGCCCUCGCGGGCAGGUACAGCAGAAACUGCUUCACGACCGCAGCGACGAGAUCCUGCUGCGCCGCCGUCAUGUCGGCCACGACGACGCCCUCGUACGGCACGACGCGGUUGUCGCGGUACGCGCCGCACAGGUGGCGCUGGUCGUCGUGGUUCCAGCGCCCGCGCGGCAUGGCCGGGUCGCGGAGGAGCUUGUAGACCUGCGCGGCCUGCUGCGUCUGCGGCGGCAGCGACUGCAUCAGCUCGAGCCCGAGCUUCUCCUCGGCCUGGAGGAUGCGGGUUCCGGCGUGCGGUCCGUCGUCGAUGACGUUGGGCUCGGCGCCUGUGAACCAGGGCGAGAUUACGAUUUGGGUCCGGUGCAGGAGCACGUUGAGGCAGAGGUGGUGGCCGUAGAAGGAAAAGCCCCAGGGCGAGGUGGUGGAGGGCUUCCCGAACAGGACGAAGUUGUACGAGUGCUCGUUGCAGAUCCUCGGGGCGCGCACCAGCUCCCCCAGGAAGCCGUUGAUGCGCAUGGCGCCGAGUGCCUUUUGGUAUCCCUCCGGGCUGAGCGUUCUUUCCAGCACGAGGAGGAUGCUGUCACGCAGCUCGGGUGUGAGCUCGUCCAGCCGGAGGCCCUUAUCGCUGAGUAGGAACUCCGGGUUGGACCAGGACCGCCACUCGGGCGAGUCGAUGUGGUAGCUGGUGAUGGCGGCCUGCUCUGGCGUGAGCUGGGCCAGGACUGCUUCGGCCGCGGCGGUGAUGUCUUGUAUCGGAACGCCUUCGUCUUGCGGCUUGAACAAGCCCUUGCGGACCGUGCCGUCGGAGGUGACGCCGCGGAAGGGCUCUUGGAAGAGGGCGCGCCAGUGCAGGUACAGCCCGUGGAGCCAUGGUGGGUUACCCCCUUGGAUGAAUUCUUUGGCGUAUUCGUGCGCAUCCUGCUUCUGCAUUGUCGUGAAGCGAGGGUGGCUCAGGUCCGGGAGGAACCGGCGAUAAUCGCCGUCCUUUGUCCCGCUUGUAGCCAUUUUUUACUCCCUAAUUUCUGGAUUGAUGCACUUCGACUUUUUUUUUCUUUUCCUUUCUGAAAUUUGUCCUUUGUGCAUACUGACAUGGAAUGUUUUGUAUAUGGGCUCCUCGGACCCCGCUGCCGAGGCAUAUAUUCGAGUGAAGGUGCAUCAAAUUCCAUCCCAUCAACCUCCGCAUGCCUCCAACUUACGAUGCGGGGUUGACCCCGGCAGUUGGAAGAGCGAUCUCGGAGUCGGCCGGAUAACCCGCGACCCGCUGA